AUGUCAAACGGACAACGGGGUCCCUUCACGAAAAAUCGGUAUCUCACGGAAUCCAACCAAAACCGCCGCAGGUCCGGGCGGGGCCGAAAACGGCUUUUGCUGCCAGACAGCUACAACGUCCAGAAGGUCAUCGCGUGGCGGCAGAGAGCUGGGGGGAUCGAGCUUCUGACCGCUUGGGAAGACUACGAUGUCGAUGGUUGGACGUGGGAGCCCCUCGACAACAUCCCCCAGCGGUUUGUUCGGGCCUGCGGGGACAGCGGCAUUGUGCACGGUGCUAAGUGCAUCGCCGCUCUUAACGGAGUCGCUUAG